AUGUUGUGUGAGAAAGUGAAGAGCUGUGCGUGGUGCUGCGGCUGCAAACGCGAGGAGGAGGAAGAAGAUCAAGAGGCAGGCGUCGUUGUGCAUAUGAACAAUCGCGAAGCGAAUGCCCCCUACGGUUACCCCGACAACUUUGUCAAGACGACAGAAUACACACCCUGGACAUUCAUUCCACUUGGGUUACUCCUGCAGUUUAGAAGAAUCAGCAAUUUUUAUUUUUUGAUUUGCAUGAUUCUAGCCCUCAUCCCUGGUGUUUCUCCCGUAAACCCUGCAACCGCCGUCACCCCACUUGUCUUUGUUGUUGGGGUGGCGAUGAUCAAGGAGGGAGUGGAGGAGGUCAAGCGCCACAGAGCAGACAAUAAGGCCAACUCUGUUGAGGUGGAGGUUCUUGUGAAUGGAGAGGUGGUAAAAGUUCCGAGCAGACACCUGCGUGCAGGGGAUGUCGUGCGGGUGCACAAUGGAGAUGAAUUACGUGCUGAUUUAUUAUUCUUGUCCUCCCACUCAGAGGAAGGGCAGGUGUUCAUUGAUACGUGCAACUUAGAUGGUGAGACAAGCCUAAAGGGUCGUAAGUCGAUCGAGGUGACACGAUCACUUUGCUCCCCCGAAACCCUGAAUGCGGCGCAACUCACACUCCACACUGUGCCCCCUGAUCCCGGGCUUUUGUCGUGGACUGGCCGGAUUGACCUCAACGGGGAGGACUACGCUGUCGAUCUGAACCAAUUUUUGUACCGCGGCUCCGUCCUUCGCAAGGCGGAUUGGCUCUGGGGAUUUGUUGUCUACGCCGGCGUAGACACGAAGAUGUUCCGCAAUUUAAGGAAAAGGACAUCAAAGUCCUCCGAUUUGGACUCGAAACUGAAUAUUCUUAUCGCCAUCGUAUUCGUACUGCAAAACGUCUUUCUUAUCUUGCUUUGCUCGCUUUCGGUGUGGUGGAACAAGGGACACGGCAAACACUGGUAUAUUCGGUGGUACCUGGAGGAGCACGGGGCUGCCGCCCAGUGGUUUCUCAACUACCUCACCUACUUUGUAUUGCUGAGCUACUUUAUACCCAUUUCCCUGUUCGUUACCAUCGAGCUAUGUAAGGUUAUUCAGGCCUACUGGAUGCGGCGCGACUCCCAUAUGAUGGAGAUCGUCAACGGAAGAUGGCGCCGAUGUAAGCCUAACACAUCUAACCUGAACGAACAACUUGCAAUGGUGCGUUAUAUUUUUACCGAUAAAACAGGUACGCUGACAGAGAACGUGAUGAAGUUCAAGAUGGGUGAUAUUAUGGGUAAUACGAUUCAUGCGGACGACGUUGAAGGUCUAGUCAAGUUGCUGAAACGAGAAAGUUCAACAUGUGCUGCUGCGGAGGAGUAUUUUCUUGCGUUGGCCCUUUGUCACACGAUUCAGCCGUUUCCAGACACACACCACCCUCUUGGGGUGGUGUAUGAGGGGAGUUCGCCUGACGAAGUGGCACUUGUCACUGCUGCCGCAGAGCACGGUUUUCGCCUGCGGGAACGCACCGCCCGCUCCAUGACGGUGGAGGUAGAGUCAAAGACCAAGGUGUAUGACAUCCUUGCCACACUGGAGUUCACACCUGAAAGAAAAAUGAUGAGUAUUAUUCUGCAGGAGCGCAAUGGGGAACGAAUUAUACUCUUAACAAAAGGGGCUGAUAGUUCCGUAACCUGCCGGACCGUGGAUGACGCGGCGGUUCAGGAGUAUAAGCGUGGCUUGUCGCACACGCUCUCCGAGAUGGCGGAAUACGGACUACGUACGCUUCUUGUCGCCACGCGCGAUCUCACCCCGAGGGAAUUUGGGGAGUGGAACGCACGCUUUUUGGAAGCCGGAAAACUGCUUGUGGGCCGCGCUGCGGCCGUCGACAAAGUAUGCGGCGAGAUCGAACAGAAACUUCGACUGCUCGGUGCCACCGCUAUUGAAGACAAGUUGCAAGAAGAAGUGCCUGAAACCAUCUCAUUCUUUCUUGACGCAGGUGUCGUGAUAUGGAUGCUCACUGGCGACAAGCGGGAGACGGCAGUGACGAUUGCCGCCACAACCUCGCUAUGUGAUCCAAGGAGGGACUAUGUUGUGCACGUUGACGUGGGCCCAAUUGACCCCAAACACCCGGAAGCGGUGGAAAAACUUGGGGCUGAUUUACGUGAAGCGGAGGUACACCUAGAACGCGCAAAAAAAGAGGGUGUCCGGUGUACACUCGUGAUUGAUGGUGCAUCUCUUAAUGUGGUGAUGAAGCACUACUACUCGUUGUUUCUAAAGCUUUCGAUGAGUCUUAGUUCGGCUGUAUGUUGUCGACUCACGCCGUUGCAGAAGGCCGAAAUUGUACGCAUGUUUCAAAAAUCAACGGGUCAGACAGCCCUGGCCGUGGGCGAUGGCGCAAAUGAUGUGUCCAUGCUUCAAGAGGCGCGUCUCGGCAUCGGUAUUAUUGGCCUUGAGGGGGCACAAGCAGCCCUCGCCGCGGACUACGCUAUUCCCCGGUUCAGAAACCUUCGUAGACUUUGUGCUGUUCAUGGGCGGUAUUGUCUUGUCCGUAAUGCGAGCUGCAUUGUGGUGAGUUUCUACAAAAACUUCGUGUUGGCUUUCAUUCAGUUUAUUUUUAGCUUUUACUGUGGCUUCUCAGGGCUCACGCUCUUUGACGGCUGGCUGCUGACGUUUUACAAUGUUAUGAUGACCAGCAUUCCGCCGUUCUUCAUGGGUAUCUUUGACAAGGACCUCCCCUCUGCAGCGUUACUUUCUCGCCCCGGCCUUUUCACCACCCUCUCGCACGGGCUGUAUUUUAACUGCUCUGUGUUCCUGCGGUGGCUCUUCGAGUCUGCGUUUCACGCAUGCACCGUAUUUUACGUGCUAUACCCGUCAAUGACGAACAACAACUUCAGCCUUCACGCGGACAUUUCCGGAAGUAUGGCGGGCACCAUGUGCCUGUUCAUGCUGGUGUCAGUCGUGCUGGGCCGCUUAGCUUUGCAGGUGCGGUAUUGGCAACCUCUGCAGGGUGUGGGGAUGGCUCUUUCCGCCGUCGUCGUGGUUUGUUUCCUCCUUGCGUACUCCUCCUUUACCCACAUCGGCGACUCGUCGCUCUACUGGCAGGUUUUCGUUUUGAUGUCUGGAGCAAAGUUUUGGCUGUAUCUGUUGUUUCUGGUGGGAAGCCUUAUUCUUAUCAUUGACUUGCCUAUGCUGUGCCUCCAGAAAACAAUUUGGCCCACUUUGCGCGACCGAGCAGAGCAGGAACACCUAGCGCUGCUCCGCGAGCGAAGAAACAAAGAGCCGGUGCAGCCAGUCUAA